UUUACAUUCGGUGUGGUUUGUGUCUUCUGCGAGUGAAAGCAAAUAAGAAUCAAACUUCAUUUCUGAAAAAAAAAACAGGAUUUUUUUUCCUGGGAUUAGUGCAUUCAUGACUAUAUUCACGUCAUGCACUUGUAACAUGCAACAUGGGGUUAAUUGGCACAUGUUGUAAAGGUUCGUUGGUGCAACAUUAAAAUGCCUUAGCUUCAAAGAAUAAAGCAACAAAUGGAAAUAAACUUUUUAUUUAAAAAAAAACAAAUAUAAACACUCAAUGGCAACUAAAUGACAUUUCUGAAGCAGUUUCAUGUCAGGAAUGUUUAGUGUAUUACUGACUUGUAUUUAAGAUUAAUAAGCAAAACAAUAAGAAGAAAAACAACACCACUUAACCCAUUUCGUUUUUUCCCCUUCAUUAGUCUAUAUUAAAACAUCACAAUUUAUUCUAAACAAACUCCUUUUUAAUUUGUGAAUUAGACACUGUUUUGCUCAAAUAAAAUAUGUUAAAUUAAACUGAAAUCUUUUCAAAUAAAAAAUAAAUCUAUAUUUUGGGUUGUGUUCAUCUUGAUACAGACUCACCCUCAAACGGCCUGCCAACCCUACCAGUACCUAUUUCAGAUUAUAUUUCAAAAUACAGCUGUCAUUUUUCCACUCUCUAAAAUUCAUGUAUUUUCAGUAUUUCUCCUUAAAACAUGUCUGUGAUGUACUCAGAAAGACAUUUAUUAACAGAUUGUAAAGACUUUGUUGUAUUCAUGUUAUGAUACGUUUAUCAUAACAAUACAGCAACUGUUGGGAUGAACACAACAAUGCAGAGCAGUGAAGCGUCUUUGGCCUAAUUGUCUUAUUUUAAUUACGGCAUGAAGGAAUUUUGACCAAUCAGAAUAAUAGGCGGGACUUAGGACGUUAAACCUGCCAAUCGUGAAAGUGUUUUUUUGACCAAUCAAGAGCAGAGGCGGGGCUUGGGGCGGUCCUACAUGUCCAGUGUAUGGAAGGUCCGCCAAAUUCAAACAGUGAAAGAGAAAAGGCAGCAGCGAGUCGCCACAGCCAGAGCAACGGUCGACCCUCCUCUUUGUUCAGCUCUCAGUAUGGCGGCUGUAGUGAGUGGGCUGUGGCGCGCGCACACUGUGCUCGCGGACUCGGAGCCGGACAGCUCCCCCGAAGCCCCUCAGCAGAACCUCCGCCAGCUCCGCUCCUCCAGCUCCCUCAACUCUCUCAGGAUGUCCCUGCGAAAGAGGCUGCCGCUGAAGACCGUUCAGCCCAACACAAAUGUCCAGGAGAAUCCCACCUGGGAGUCACUCGAGAUGAACAAGAGGACCAGCGCUGUGACCCAGAUAAAGCGCAGUGCGAAGAACUCCAUCGGCAGUGCAUAUCAGAAAUUUCAGAGGAGCUUAGGAUCACGUGAGGAGUGUCUGGUAAGGACACCUGGAAAAAUCAUAGAAGGAGAAGAAAAUGAUUGUACAACUACAUGCACUCCAAAACGGCCCGCAUCUCGCUCUGCAGUAACCCCAAGGCGUACCCCCAGGUCAGCCAGCAAGCGCACUCCUCGAGGAUCACGCACCCCUCGAGGAGCACGCACCCCAGAGGCUCAUGGCUCUGCGGUGAGGGCUGUAAAAACAGGAGGUGGCAGGAGACAGCUGGUGCGCAUGGCAGCUCUCAGAAGCCCAUUUGCUUCACCCAACAGGAGGCAGUUUGAUCAGGAUCUGGACUGUGUAGCAAAAGGCCUUAGGAGACUAAGGAGUAUCUCCCAGGCCUUCAAUGAUGUCAUUAGUAGAGAUGACCGCAAAUUCACAUACUCUCUCAUCUCGGAGUGAAUGCUAAGGUAAAAUCAUUUCAAAGGCUGAUCUAAAGUGGCACCUUCAGAACAAGAAUGUGUUUUAAAUGCAUGAAGGCCGAACACAGCUUCUGCUGCUGCAAUUUUUCCCCCACAAGCUUUUGUGCUUAAGCAGUAAUUAUAUGUGUGCUAAUACAGCUUAUUUGGCAGUAAAUUGCAUGUGCAAAAACAGCCUGUUCCCCCUAACCUGGGUGUACACCAGGGUCUGACCUAUAUAAAAAUAGACAGAAGCCAAACAAUUCUGAUAACCAAUAUUGUCAACUGAUUUCAUUUUACAUGGUUCAGUUAAACUGCUUUAAUUCACUGAUACUGUCAAGUAUGACCCCCCAUAAAUCCCUGCUUUUGCUAUGAUGAAAAAUUAGCUUUUUGCAAGUAUUUUAAUAUAAUAUUUGCACUUCUCUAAUUGAUCAUUGUGUGGAAAGAAAAGGUAACAUUUGCCUACUCACUUCAACUCAAAACACAGUUACUGUCUUGAUGGUGUGUGGCUUUCAUAUCUUAAAGGCCUUGUAACAAUCCUGACAAUUAUGUUUGGUGGCCGUACAAAAUAACGGCAUUACUGAAUGUGAUGUACAAUGUUUUAAAGUGACACUGUCAGUGCUUAAUAGUGGGAUUUCCUCGAAUUCUGAUCAAUUGGUCAGGUCCUUGUGUAGACUAAGACUUUAAGAACUGUUUUUAAUCCCUGUAACACUAAAGCUCAUCUCGU